ACAAUAACAGAGUCUACUAAUAGUUUAUUCCAACCUGUAUGUAGUUUGAUCACCUCAAUUAAAGCCUGCAUGGCCCAGUGACAAUCAACCGGGAAGAAGAAUGUUACACCAAUCGUUCCUUCUAAUCAAACACGUUUCGGCAGUUGGAGCUUUGAACUCUAAUGAUAAAGAUAGUGUUUUCAGUGUUGAGUGGUAGGUUGCAACCGAAUAUAAUGAACCGCUUCCUACUGUUACUGGCAUUGGGGACGUUCUCGAUUGGAAAUUGUUUGACCUGGGAACCCACCGAAAACGAAAGAGAACUUGUGAGUCCUAUAAAUCAAACGAAUGUUGUUUACUUGGAUGAAGCAACUUCCACAAAAGUUCUAUCUCGGCGAAAACGAUUCGUUGUACUCCCCGAGGGUUCAAGUUUUUCGGUUGCUGCCUGUAUGACUGUUGGUGUGUAUGGAAAUCCCAAUUAUCAAAUGUUCAGUUGGGCUAUGAAUUGGGGUAUUGCGUACAAUUUGCCCAACCAGACGUUUAGCUUCCAGAGUGAGAUGAUGGAGCCAAAACCGAUGGCGCAGCGGAGGCAUCGACGUGAUUUAUAUCAAAAACUAGAAGUGGCUAUGAACGACAUGGGAUACAGUGGCCGGGAAUGCGUUUUACGAGCGCUGUGCGAAAGUUCUCAAUACUUUGGAAAGAAGGGAUCCAACAUGGUGGCGGAAAUGCUAAGGACAUUGUUUAGCUAUCCAAAGUCUAAAGUGUUAUCAUUCGAACAUAGUGACCAUAGAAUCUACGAUGAGGCGCACCGGAAAGGACGGAACAAAGUUUUGUGUCAAUCAAUGUAUCCCACCUGUGGGUUUUCGCUACUUGAGCUUGCGCUAGGGAAGUAUUCCAGUCCCUUUUCUAGUUUUAUGUAAUAUAUUUGUUAUUUAUCUA